UAAACAGCGAGAAGUGGGUGGGUGAGCAGGAUGUGGUCAUCACCCGUUAUGUUGGAUCAAUAGGCCCGAUCCGUCCGGGAGGCUGUUUCAGGACCAGAAUCUUCAUCCUGUCCGGAGCGGACAGAGAUUUAACUCUCCAACAGGGGAACUUGCUGAUGAGACCUUGAAAGAUACAUUCGUGUGGGAGUCACUUUGGAGUAGGAGUGUUACUGACACCAUUCCUGAGUACACGUUGAUCACUGCUGCACCGUCAACUUGACUCAGAUCACGCUUUUUAGUGUCACCAUGGGCUCCUCGACAACAUCUGCCGCUCUGCUGUGUCUGCUGUCGGGGGUUGUGGCAGCCAUUCAGACCCCUCAGACAGUGUUCUUGGACAAGCAGCAGGCGAGUUCAGUGAUCUCCCGUCAGAAGAGGAACACCGGCGUCAGUAACCCGCCUGCCAGCCUGGAGCAGGUUUGCAUGGAGAAAGUGUGCACCUACGAGCAGGCCAGGAGUGUCUUCCAGGACUCGUACCGCACGGAUAUCUUCUGGGCUGUCUAUGUCGACGGAGACCAGUGUGUGGAGAAGCCCUGCAAGAAUGGAGCCAUGUGUUUGGACAGUGUGGGAGGCUACGACUGCGUCUGCAAGGCAGGUUUCUCAGGGGUCCACUGUGAGAAAGACGAGACUCUGUGCCCCCUGCAAAAAGGAUGCUCUCAGUUCUGUAAACCAGGUUACGGGUCCUACGAGUGCUCCUGCGCCACUGGAUGGAAGCUCAGCAGUACGGACAGGAAAAAGUGUGAGCCUGCAGUCCCAUUGCCCUGUGGUAAGUUGAGCAGUCUGAGUCGGUGGAGUGAGAGACUGUUGAGCAACCAGCGCAGCAACUUUGAAGGACUUAGCUGUAGUCCUACAGAGUGUCCCUGGCAGGCUCUCCUGAAGAGUUCAGAGUCCACAGGUUUCUGCAGCGGAGUCAUUCUGAAGACGAAUCUGGUCUUGACCUCAGCUCAGUGUGCCAACAAAUACACCCAGUUCCAGGUUGGCGUCGGCAAGCGCAGAACCAGCUAUGAAGACGGAGAGCAGAGCCUGUUUGUAAAGAUAGUUCAUAUCCACCCGCGCUAUGUGGAAGGUCGCCCUGAAAAUGACCUGGCUGUGAUUGAACUCCGUGACCGCAUCAUUUAUAAGAAGGAUGUGGUUGCUGCAUGUCUGCCAGAAAAAGACUUUGCAGAGAACAUCCUGAUGGUAGGUGAGCACCCGGCCAUGAUCACUGGCUGGAAAGAAUCCAAGGCGGUAUCUUCUUUCCAGGGUCCGCUCAUGCUUAACGAACUGGCGUAUGACAAACUGCCUCAGUGUCUGAUGUCUCACCCCAACCUGAUCACCAAUAAAAUGGGCUGCACCUCCAGCCGAACCAACGCCGACUGCAGCUUGAGCUCCGGCAGCCCCCUGCUCACCACGUACAAUAACGUGUUCUUCCUCACCGGGGUGGUCAGCCAGCCAUCAGGGGCCGACUGCACUAAAGGCUACAUCUUCCAGAAAGUGUCCCGCUACCUUGGCUGGCUGCGGCAGAUCAUGAAUUCACGUUAGGUGUAGUAGUCAUGGAGAACAUGGAGGUUAUUGGUUAUGGAAAAUAUAAGAUAAUCCAGGUGAAUAACUUCUAAACACAGGGAAUCAGAUAAACACUCAUUGUGCACUUGUAGCUCCUUCUCUUCAUUAGUUUGUUAUUUAAUAAUAGCCAUCGCAACAACCAUAUAGCCUCAAUCUAAGAUUGUUUCCUUGUGUCUGUAGACUUCCGCUUUUAUCCACUAGGUGGCUCUCUGUUCACUUAAAAUAACAACUUCUUGUACGUAUCUCCCAACCUGAGGGUCAGAGGCAGCAAGAGAUGCAGUAAAAUAUUCAGCGUGUGUUUUGUGACUUGGACAUACCUUACCUUUAGCUGGUGUUAUUUCUAGCGACUACUGUACUGGGUGAUAUGCAUUGUGACAGUCCAGGUAAUCACUGUUAUAUAAAUGUAAUAAACUCGUAAUACCACACUUGA